AUGACAUCCAGCAACAUUCCUGUUGGAUUCCUUCGUUCCCCUGUGAACACCGAAACCCCGACUCUGGUCGGCCCUGACGAAGCAGAGUAUGUCGACUUUGCCUUCCAGAAUGCGGUUGGUGUACAUAUUCAAGGGAGGAACUCAGUUGUAGCGAUCGUGUCGCCAAAUGCCUGUAUCGUGACUCAGAUCACCGCCAUAUCGCCAACAUCUUGGCCAGAUACAUAUAACACCAUAGCCAAUGUCGACAGGGUGAUGACAGAAGUCGAGGGCCUCUAUGAUACCUAUAGAGGUCGACUAAGCGGAGCGACCGCUUAUCUUGUAUUUGGCCACAACCGUGGCUUGAUGUUAGCUCCUACGCAGAUCGAUCUCAUGCAGCGACGCCUUUAUCAAAUGGGACUGCCGAGCGAGGAUCACGGUUACGAGGUACAACCGUCCACUGCGUUGCCAGCAGCAGCAACCUUUGUCAUCACUGCCAAAGGCACGGUUUCUGUCUACCUGGAGGAUGAGCUCAUAAACUAG